CAAAGGGGGAGAAAGCAGAUCGGCGCCGGCGGCGACUGCGCUGAUCUACCUACCUACCGAUUUGAGUCUCUGGCCGAUUCCUGCGCAGAUAGAUCCACAGGCCGACUCGGAGCGUGGGUGCUGUCUUCCGCCGGAGCAUACACACACAUAAAUAUGGGCCUGGAGAUCGCCUGAGCUUCUACCGAACCACGUCGAUUCCGCCGGACGCCAUUUGCCAAUGCACAGCCUGAUGAACAGCUCGACGAAGGUCACCGGUGCCAACAUGGAAACAGAGGCGCUAGCAAAUCACAUCAAUCCCUUGCCAGUGCAGAGCUCGAUGGAGGCCACCGAUGUCGAUAUGGAAAUAGAGGCGCUAGCAAAUCACAUCCGUCUCACACGAAGAGGAGAGGGGGGGAGUGCGAAUGUGGGGAACAAGAAGACCAAGAAGAAGAUUUUCCGCGUGCCGCGGGAGGAGCUGGAUGACAUACUUUCGUUCCAGCUGCCGCCCGCUUGGCCGUCUCUGGCUAAACGCCGUCCUUCUCUCGUCGGCGAGUUGGAGAAGAUGAAGGACAGCUUUUUGGCCGAGCGGGAGAAGAUGAGAUUACAGUACCGGAUCAUGGGCUACGCCACGUAUGAAGCAGAGGUCAUCGAUGAUGAUGAGGAGGAGGAAGACACAUUGGUGGCGAUUCCAGCGGUGGCUUCUUUUCACGGGGAGAAGGAUGAUGCGGCGGCGACAUCUUUUCAGGUGGAGAAGGAUGAUGCAACUGCGACAUCUUUUCAUGGGGAGAAGGAUGACGUAGCAGCUACAUCUUCUCCUUGGAUUAUUCCACGGGGAAGAGGCCGAAGAAGAUUUCGCCCGGGAGUCGUCAAGCAACCAAGCGGCGUUAAGAAAAUAACUUAGGCCUAGUAGUUAUCAUUUUCUUUUGGUGUGUUUUAGUUUUAGUUGUUGGAUUAGUUGGACGCAGUUUAUGGUACUGUAUUUUGUCAUGUAGUAUAACUUAGGCCUAGACUGUGCAGUGAUGUGUACACUGAUCUUAACUAAUGUGCAAUCCAUGUAUUAGGGUGAUUGUUGCUGUGAGAGUUGGUUCUA